CGUAGAGAUGUAGUCGUCAUGGUGAUCACGAAGGAAAUCGACGGAGAAGAUUCAGGUUGGUUCGCGAAGGAAAUCGAGGGAGAAAAUUCAUGUUGUUUCGAAACUUAGAGCAGAGAGCAAGAGGAUGCACCUAUGAAGGAGACCUGUAAAAUCAGGUUUGGAAUCUAUGUGGAUGGAAUCCAAUCGCCGCGGCCAUGGUCAGGAGGACCCUCGAUUGAGACGCAGAAGGGUGGUUGUGUUCAAAUGAUGAGUCCUAAAAGCAAGGCUGAAUUAGGCAUAAAUGGUUAUGACAGCAGAGACGAACAUGUAGGAAUGGUUAGACAGUUAAGAUGGAAAAAAAUAUUUAGGAUCCUGGUUCCACAAAUGAUAUUGGACGUAGCAACUGGUCAUGUUAUUUGCAAUUUCCUUGGCCAAGAUGGCGAGGUUAAUGUUGUUAAGUUUAAUGAGUAUGCUUCUGUUGUUGUAUUUGCUGGAUAUGAUCAUUCAUUACGUGCUUGGGAGUGUAGGUCUCAUAGCAUUGAGCCUGUCCAUCUUUAACCCUUUAUCAUUUCAAAAAUUUUAUCAUGUUAAAUGGAUUCAUUUUAGUCUGAACUAUCAAUGUACUAUUUCUAAAGUUCUUGAUGGUAUACAGAUAAUCGAUACAUUUUUUAACACUAUGAUGUAUGUAUGUUUGACAAAGACUGAAAUUAUUGGUGGGAGUGUUGAUGGAACUGUUUGAACCUUUGACAUUCGUAUGGGUAGGUAUGUAGCCAAAAGAUAAUUGGUACCUUUUCCCCUAUAAUGUAAAUAAAUAUCUGUAUGCUGACUGUAAUCAUUUUGGAAACUUUCGAUAAUGAUGUUUUCUUCUUUGUAUGUAUAGAGAAACAUCUGAUGACUUAGGGCAACCUAUCAAUUGUAUGUGAAUGUCAAAUGAUGGCAAUUGUAUAUUGGUUAGUUGCUUAGAUUCUACUCUGUGCCUUUUGGAUCGGUAUUGUCAUGUACUUGUGUGGAUUCUUGCUGUAGGUUAUUUUUCUGGCUUUUAUGAACCCUUAUCUUGGGUCUUUUGCAUGCCAGGUGUACAAGUGAACUGUUGCAAGAAUACAAAGGACAUGCUUGUAAGGUUAGAAUGCAGAUGCCUUAUAUGGACUCUGUAAUUUCCAUUGAUGCAAUGGAAAUUUUUUGAUUGGUGGAUCUGAGGAUGGCACAAUUUUCUUCUAGGAUUUGGUAGAUGCGUUUGUGGUCUCAAAAUUCCCAGCUCAUUCAUUGGUGAUAAACUACCUCUCUUUUUUUUAUCAUUUAUUUUAGUUUCUAAAAGCAAAUCAUUUAGAUUGUGCUGAGUUUUCUGGAUGAAUUCCCUUUAUAUUUGCUUAUAUUCUAUUUUUCAUUUUGAUCUUCAGUCUUUUUUUCCUCAUAUGACUUUAAUCUUGGAAAUAUUUUGGAUAUAUAUAUAAUUUUUCAAUUGUCUGCUGUUAUGUAUCAAUUCUUCUAUCAUGCUAUCAAAUGUGUUAUGCUUAUUGUGUUGGUUGAGAUAAAUUACUCUCACCAGG